UGGUUUCAAUGUUGCUGUUCUCCUGACCAACCUGUCAGAACACAUGCCCCAUGACACCCGCUUGCAGACUUUUCUUGAACUGUCAGAGAGUGUGCUGAAUUACUUUCAGCCUUUCCUUGGACGCAUAGAAAUCAUGGGCAGUGCGAAGCGCAUUGAACGAGUUUAUUUUGAAAUAAGUGAGUCAAGUCGCACUCAGUGGGAGAAACCUCAGGUAAAAGAGUCAAAGAGACAAUUUAUAUUUGAUGUUGUAAAUGAAGGUGGGGAGAAAGAAAAGAUGGAGCUUUUUGUUAAUUUCUGUGAGGAUACCAUCUUUGAAAUGCAACUAGCUGCCCAGAUCUCUGAGUCAGACCUGAAUGAAAGGUCAGCAAAUAAAGAGGAAAAUGAGAAAGAUAAGCCUGAGGAACAGGAUCCUAGAAUGGGUUUCUUCUCUCUCAUGACCAUGAAGUCAGCAUUAGUAGCUCUCAAGUAUAAUUUAAUGACUCUUAUGAAAAUGCUCAGCAUGAAGAGCCUGAAGAAACAGAUGAAAAAAGUGAAGAAAAUGACCAUGAAGGACAUGAUCAUGGCUUUGUUUUCAUCUUAUUGGAGCAUUUUGGUGGGCUUACUACAUUUUGCUUGUAGUGUCAUCCGGGGCUUCUUUCGCAUCAUUUGCAGUUUGCUGCUUGGAGGAAGCCUAGUAGAAGGAGCAAAGAAAAUCAAGGUGGCUGAACUAUUAGCUAAUAUGCCAGAUCCCACUCAGGAUGAGGUGCGCGGGGAAGGAGAAGAGGGAGAGAGAAAGCCAACAGAAGCUCCAUUGCCUACAGAAGACCUGACAGAUCUGAGAACUUUAUCAGAUGAGAGUGAUCUACUCUCAGAUAUAUUUGGUUUGGAUUUGAAACGAGAAGGUGGACAGUAUAAAUUGAUCCCUCACAAUCCAAAUGCUGGUUUGAGUGAUUUACUGAGCACUCCCUCCUUAACUCCAGUGCCUCAGAUGCAGGAAAAAAUACAGGAGCAAGUGAAAGAAGAUGAAAAGGAAGAGAAAGAGGACACAAAAUCUGAACCUGAAAAAGCAGAAGGAGAGGAUGGAGAAAAAGAAGAGAAAACCAAGGAAGACAAAGGGAAGCAGAAAUUAAGACAACUUCAUACUCACAGAUAUGGAGAACCAGAAGUUCAGGAAUCAGCAUUCUGGAAGAAAAUAAUUGCAUACCAACAGAAGCUUCUUAAUUAUUUUGCACGAAACUUUUACAACAUGAGGAUGUUGGCAUUGUUUGUUGCUUUUGCCAUAAACUUCAUCCUGCUUUUCUAUAAGGUGUCCACCUCUGCUGUGACAGAAGAAAAGGAAGUUCCUGUGGUAUCUGAUGGUGAAAGUACAAAGUUGAACAGCCUGGAAAGCGACGAGAGAGUCAUCGCAGUGCAUUAUGUCCUGGAAGAAAGCAGUGGCUACAUGGAGCCCACUCUGCGGAUUUUGGCCAUCCUACACACAGUCAUCUCAUUCUUCUGCAUCAUCGGGUAUUACUGUUUGAAAGUUCCACUGGUUAUUUUUAAGAGAGAAAAGGAAGUCGCGAGAAAAUUGGAAUUUGAUGGACUCUAUAUAACUGAACAGCCAUCAGAAGAUGAUAUUAAGGGACAGUGGGAUAGACUUGUAAUCAACACACAGUCUUUUCCAAAUAACUAUUGGGACAAAUUUGUGAAAAGAAAGGUCAUGGAUAAAUAUGGUGAGUUCUAUGGCCGUGACAGGAUCAGUGAGUUACUGGGAAUGGACAAAGCUGCUCUCGAUUUUAGUGAUGCUCGAGAAAAGAAGAAACCAAAGAAGGAUAGCUCCUUAUCUGCUGUGCUGAAUUCCAUUGAUGUUAAGUAUCAGAUGUGGAAAUUAGGAGUUGUUUUCACUGAUAAUUCUUUCCUCUACUUAGCAUGGUACAUGACCAUGUCAGUCCUUGGCCAUUACAACAACUUUUUCUUUGCUGCUCAUCUACUUGACAUUGCAAUGGGAUUCAAGACAUUACGAACUAUCCUGUCAUCUGUGACCCACAAUGGCAAACAGCUUGUUCUAACAGUGGGAUUACUGGCAGUGGUAGUAUACUUGUAUACAGUGGUGGCAUUCAAUUUUUUCCGCAAGUUCUACAACAAGAGUGAAGAUGGUGAUAUGCCAGACAUGAAAUGUGAUGAUAUGCUAACAUGCUACAUGUUUCAUAUGUAUGUUGGAGUACGUGCAGGUGGAGGCAUUGGUGAUGAAAUAGAGGAUCCAGCAGGAGAUGAAUAUGAAAUCUAUCGGAUUAUCUUUGACAUCACAUUCUUCUUCUUCGUGAUUGUCAUCCUGCUUGCAAUUAUUCAAGGUUUAAUUAUUGAUGCUUUUGGUGAGUUAAGAGAUCAGCAAGAGCAAGUUAAGGAAGACAUGGAGACGAAGUGCUUUAUCUGUGGAAUAGGAAAUGACUACUUUGAUACAGUGCCCCAUGGCUUUGAAACACACACACUACAGGAGCACAACUUGGCCAAUUAUUUGUUUUUUCUGAUGUAUCUUAUUAACAAGGAUGAAACAGAGCAUACUGGACAGGAAUCCUAUGUAUGGAAAAUGUAUCAAGAACGAUGCUGGGAGUUUUUCCCUGCUGGUGAUUGCUUCCGAAAACAGUAUGAAGACCAGCUCAACUAAGCAAAGAUGAGAAUUUCCAGACGAAAAUGAAUCCAUGUGUUUCCCAGCUCUUUUGGGAAUAUCUAACAGAUUUCUUAAAUCCCCAAAGCUGUGUGCUUUUUGGAGCACCAAAGCCCUGUUUUUAACCCAACUGCGCUUUUAUUUUCUUGUAUAUUUGCUUUGAAAACACUGGAGUAAAGAACAGUGAAAAAUAGCAGCAGCUCUGGAAAACAAACCAACCACUUGCACACACACAAGAUAUCCCUAUACAUAACAUGUACACAUAAGAAGAGACUUCAGACAGCUUAUUUCUGAAACUGCCAGAUGAUACCCUUGUCCAUAAGAUCACACAUGGGGUGACAUGGUAGCAACACUCAUUCGAUCUGUUUAUUUCAUCAUCCUGGAAGGAACUAUAUGUAGUUCACGGAGCACUGUAAAGAUUGCUAUGGACACUAAGUUGUGGGGAAAUAGUGCCUUACUAUAUGUGGGUUGAGCUAUGCAGAAGAUGAGUGCAUGAUGACAUUGUUUUGUUUUUUUUCUUUAUGUCUUCCCUUUCUUCCAAGUUAAUAUUUAUUU